GUUGUUAUGGAGUACCUCCCUGGAGGUUCCUUAACAGAUGUCGUCACAGAAACUUGUAUGGAUGAGGGUCAGAUUGCAGCUGUCUGUAGGGAGGUUCUACAAGCUUUGGAGUUCCUGCACGUUAAUCAGGUCAUACAUCGAGACAUUAAAUCAGAUAAUAUUCUAUUAGGCAUGGAUGGAAGUGUCAAGCUCACUGACUUUGGUUUUUGUGCACAAAUAUCACCGGAGCAAAACAAAAGGACAACUAUGGUUGGGACACCAUACUGGAUGGCCCCUGAGGUGGUGACGCGAAAACAGUACGGACCAAAAGUUGAUAUAUGGUCGCUUGGAAUUAUGGCUAUUGAAAUGAUUGAAGGAGAACCACCAUACUUGAAUGAAAAUCCUCUGAGAGCUCUGUACCUGAUAGCCACGAAUGGUAAGCCCGAAAUCAAGGAACGGGAAAAGUUGUCUCAUGUAUUUCAGGAUUUCCUUGACCAAUGCCUAGAAGUUGAAGUUGAAAAGAGAUCGACUGCUAAUCACCUUCUAAAGCAUCCAUUUUUAAAGCUAGCAAGACCUCUCUCAAGCCUCCACCCUCUCAUUGUGGCAGCCAAAGAAGCCGCCAAGAGCCAUUAGUGACGAUUCUCAACUAGCAGUGUUAUUGUGAUGCAGUCCUCCUAGUGCCCAUUGAUACCCUGUUUGCAUAGUUAUUUGCUGGCAGCUAGAAGAAAGCAAUCGAGCGUCUUGUUGCAGGCCGUGGAUAUAUUUGUUAUACUCUUCAAAUACUGGCUGUGAGCAAGAGCAACCCCCAUGCUACACCAGCCCAGUAUCUUGUUAGCGAUGCAGUGAACCUUUCCGUGCUAGGUGUAUUCACUUCUUAUUCAGUAAGAAUUUCCAUUUCGCAGUGUGCAUGGAUAAGAAUUGUGCUCAGUCUUGUCGCAGUUAAUGACGUGAAAGCUUCUUCUCCCAGAUGACCGAUAUGAAUUGCAUGGUGAGGAAAGGCAAGGGUGGGAUUGUUUGAAGAAGCGUGGUAUGGAGUGAAGUAAUUAGAAACUAUCAUUAUUGUUAUUAUUAUUAUUACAUCCAUUAUUUUAUUAUUCAUUUGAUGAUUUUUAGUUAUACAAACAAUAAAAUUCCAAUGAAAUUACUACUCAUAUUAUCUUUGUUCAUAGGAAUGAUUAGGAAGGUAGUAGAUAUAGUAGCAGUGAUAUUGCCAAAUGGAAACUGUAGGGUGUUUAUACCAGACGGUACUGUAUACUCAUAUGAUUCAUUCAAUUCCAUUAAAGAAACAUCUAUGACAGUUAUAGGUUUUGUAUUUUUAUUGUUUAUUUUAUUUAUUUAUUUAUUUAUUAUUAUUUUAUCCAGAGUAAAAAAGGCAGAAAGGAAGAGAGAUUGCAAGAGUGAAUGAGUGAGCAAGAAAGAGGUUUUGAAAUAUUUCAUAAGUUACCCUCUUCUUUCACCAUAUCCCAGAUAGUGUAAAAUCAGGCAUUCAGCAGGUUUAGCCGGAACCCCUUGCAGCACUUUGACAGGUAGCUGCUUUUUCUUUUUCAUCUUCUUUCUCACCCGUUCUCAUAUUUUUAGAUACUAUAGCAGGAGGACAGUACAGUGGUAAUAUAUAUUUAUGUAUGGAUGUUUACAUAUGCAUAUACUUACACUUAGACAUACACACACACAUAUGUACACAUGUAUACACAUACACAUAUUAUUUACAUCUACAUAUACAUAUACCUACAUAUAUAUGUAUAUAAGUAUAUACAUUGUGUAUACAUGCAUAGAUGCAUACAUACAUACAUGCAUACACACAAAUACAUGUAUACAUAUACAUACAGAUUCUUUUCUUUUAUGGUAGUGCCAUUAUCUAUGAAAACCAUGCAAUAUGACGUUACUGUUUCUUACCUGCAUUGUCAAACUGUUUGUCUUGAUACUCAUGAUCUUGAAGUCAAUGCCUAGAAGAAUGCACAUGGAUAAGAAAGAUGAUUGCCUAUUAUUGGUAGAAUAAGAAAUAGUAGAUUGUAUACUAUUGGCCACUUAAGGAUGCAGUUCCUAGAAGUGUAAUGAACGAUGACAUAUCGAAACUAAACUAGUUAAGUUAGAUCUGAAAUGAUAUGUGUGAAUCUCUGCAGUGAAAUACACAUAGUGUGUUGAAUUCUAAUGCAUCAGGGAUGCCAGGAUGACAAUGAUGAGCAGUUCAGCCUGAUAGUUGUAGAGUGAGAUGUUAUUGGUUCAUCUUGCAUCACUAUAGAAUUAUUAAGCAGUGUAACAGUGUCAUUUUGGUCUGCAAAUGUAUUCUUGUUAUCCUUUUAUGUGUUCAUAUAACUUCAUGUUCUCAUCAAAUUAUUGAAAAAAUAAAAAAGACUGUAAUAUACUACAAAUGGAGCUUAAAAAGUUAGAUGCAUCAAGCCUCACCGUGUCUGCAUAUUAAGACAUCUUUAACUUGGCUGUAUCAGUCAGGUAACCAGUUGUAGAUUGAUUAUGUCUCAAGUAUGCAUCCACAGGAACCUGCAUCUACAAAUUUAGUAGAGAUAGAUAUUUCACCUGUGCCUCACUUUCAAAGUUCACGGUGAUACCAUAUUCAGUACAGUUACAGGUGAAAUCAUUCACAUUUUAUUUAUCUUUUCUUUUACAGACAGAAAAUGUAAUCUCAGUAAGCUGAUCUGUUGAAGGAGUCAUUUACGUUUAAGGAUUCAGUAAUGAUAUUAUGUAUUCUAUUGAAAGUAUCUCUAAGCAAAGAGGGUUAUUCUUUUCUUUUUGCUUAAUAAACAAGGAAUCUCUAAUGCGUUAUAGGAGUAGUCAUUAUUUUAUUUAUAUGCAAAAAGUUUUAAAGAAUCUCCACAUAGGGUGAACCAGGAUUUUUCUUUUCCUCUUCCUCUUUUCCUUUUCCUUUUCCAUAAAAUUUUUCUUACUCGUAGUAUAUGCUCAGAAAUUGAAACCAUUAGGUAGAAAAUUUUAUAUUUGAGAGUUUAUUUAUUAUAAAUUAUGUGGGCGUAUGCAAUAGAAACGCAAAGUGUGAAGGGUGAAAGUGGGUGCCUUGUUCAGUUUCAUGACUGCCUAACAGGUGUUUUCAUGCCCCUUCUUUCCUAAGGAUGUAGCAGUGUAUCAACUCGUGUUUCCAUCAUUAAAAUAACGUGCAACUGGUACUACCUAUCUUAAGGAAUGCAAUCUUGUCCUGUGGUCCUGUUCAGUUUGUUAUACACACGUGAAAGGUGCCAUAUAAAAACGGCUGCUGCCUUCGUAGGAUUGGAGAAUGUGUUACUUGACAGAACAAGAAGGAAAGUAUUUUGACUCUUGAAAAUUAUUGCUUUUGUAUUACUCACUUUGCUAGAAUGUAAUUGAUUAAAAGCGUGUGUACUUGGUUCACAUCACUUGACGUUUUGUUUGCUUUACUCUCUACGUUGAUUAUGCAUUCAUUCCAAAAUGAAUCAGCUGAUUCUUUUCUCUGUUGAUUGUGAAUGAGGAUGUGAAGGCAUUUACUUGUACUUAGUCGCGUUAUUUACAGAAAUAAAAUGGGUUUGUUUUAGGUAAUCAUGCAUAUUUGGGAGUGAUGUGAAAAAUAUGCAUUAUGUUAUUUAUAUACCUGCAACUUGAAGCUCUUAGUGGAUAGUUGAGAGACUUGGAUGUUGAUGUGUUUUUAAGUCUUUGAGGCUCAAGUUGAGCUUGGCUGAUUCUUUACAUUGCUGUUUGUGUUUUGCUUGAUGAGUGCCUAAACGAGUUCCAAAGUUCAAUUAAAUUUCUACAUUUCAGUGCUUUUAUUGAAACUAAUGUAAGUGAAUAAAGCUUUGACUUUUCAUCUUUACCUUCAGAGAUCAUGCCAGUGGCUUACAUACAUAAUGCAAAUGUAAGCAAGGUACUGCUUGAAGUACUUCUUUUUUUCUUUCUUCUUUUUUCUUUUUUUUUUCUUUUUUUAGGGUAGCAAUAAAAAGUUGGAUCCUAAACCAGUGCCUCAGUAACCAGUUGAAUGAUAAUAACAUCUGUUGUUAAAUAUACAUCUGCUGGAAGGAAGAAAACUAUGAGAAUGCCUGCCGUGGCAAGCAUCAAGACGACCAACAGUAGGAAACGGAUUUUUAGUAAUGAAGAGGUACACUCAGUUUUUUAUUGCAUCACUGGAGUGACCGAGUACAAAAUCUACCAUUCCUACCACCCGAUGACAAUAUGAUGGACAAGUUUUGCUAUGAGUUUUUUGUGGACUUUCCGCUCGCAAGUGAUGUGUAAAGAAUGUAGGUGUACAAAAACACAAGCACUGCUUUUCAUUGCCGGCAGGUCUGUCAUCUUAUGAACUGCAGGUAUAUUAGAAAAGCAGUGUUGUAUGUUUUCUGACAAACCUUUUGUAUAAAUAUGUUUAUUUUAUACAGAACCUAACUAGAAGUCUUGAAAAAUGUGUUGCAAAUGUAUUUAUUGUGUAGGUUAUGUGUUUCAUAUACAGUAUAUAUAGCUGAAGACUUGGUUCUAUAAAGUUAAUUAACAUGCCUAAAGAAAGGUGGGGCUGUACCUGCUGCCUUCAUUCUAGAAAACUGCAUGACAAUUUUAGAUUGUAAAUGAUACAUGUGAGAGACCAGUUUUUCUUUUUUCUUUGUUUUUAUUUACUUAUUUAUUUUUUUGUUUCAUAUAUACUCCUAUCAGCAGAAAUUAUUGGAGUGACAGAUUCCCCAUUAGCUUACAAGUGUCUGUAAAAGUGGCAGUUGGAGAAAAGCUGAAUCAGGUUACUGCAAAUUCUCAUUUCACCAAUUACCAGGUGGAGUUGUGUUUUGUUGUUAUUGUUUAUUUAUUUUUUUAUUAUCAUCAUUUCACUUUUUUAAAUUGUUAUUUAUUAUUUUUUGUGGGUGUGUGUUUUUCUGUCUUUCUCUUUUUGAGGGUAUCUUCUGGGCAACUGAAAUUGUUCAAUAAUUGCUGACCAACCUUAUCUGUCUUUAUUCCUACCAGCUUGUCUCGGGUAAAAAAGGAUUACGCACAUUGCGAUUCUCAAGAAGUGAGUGACGUCAUCUUGUACCAGUGCCAUGCUUAAAGAUCAAAACUAUAAAGGAUAUUCUAAUUUAGUGGGGAGGAAGGGACUGUGCACAUCAGUUAUGAAAUAAUACAGGUAUAUAAGCUUCCAGUUUUUAUUAUCCUAUAAACAGCAUAUAUACACAGUUUUUGGGAGAAAGAAAAUGAAAAAAAAGUGUUUGCUCUCAUAACAUGUUACAAGGAAUUCUAAGUCUGUAAGGCACUUAUACAUAUUUCUAUGCAAUUCUAAAUGUUGUGGGUCAUGUAAAGGCGAGUGCAAAUGCUCCAUAGUAAUGGUAUUAAAGCAGGAGUGCGCUCACAAUACAUACAGGUUUAUUUAGUAAUGGUCAGAUGAUAUGUUGAGGAUAUGUAAAUCAUGGUAUUGUAAAUAGUUUUAUUUUGUAGAUUGUGAAUUUACAUGAUAACAAUUAGUUGUAUAGGUCAGGUGACUUGUUGUUUGAGAACUUGUAAAUAAUACUGUAGUAGGAUUGAUUAUUAGUUAUCCUAGACAGUCUGUACCUUGUCAACCAUAAGCCAAAGUGGAAAGUCUCCAACCAUUUAAUACCUCUUUAUACUGUCAUUACUUAAUUAUUGUUUUUUCUUCAGCAAAUGAUAAUUUAAACCUUCAAUUGAUAUGAUUCAAGAACAGGAAAAAGUCUUUGAUACCAAUUAUUACUGACGUUCUAAACCCUUGCAGAGCAUUUUGUACCAUGAAGUUUAGUAAAAGGUUCAUUCCAAGACACAGUGUCCUUGUGUCAUAAGACCCUCCUCCCCCAUCCAGCCCCAGAUGAAAGUAUGUACCUUUAAUUAGAUAAUUCAUGUUGUAAACACAUCUUAAUUGAGUUAAUGUGGAUAUUUGAUCCUUAAAACCGACACCUUUGUGUUACAUGCUAAAGCAAAAAUAUAAGGUCUAAGUUAGAGAAUGUAAUUUCCUCUUUCAGGACAUACGGGAAUUAUACACUGAUAAAAUAAUGUUGCUGAUGUGGAAAAUGUAGUUCAGUUUGCUGUGAGUCUUAGUGUAUUCUGAGAUAAGGAAGCAGGAUGCAAGUUUUAAUUUAAAAAAGAGAGAAAUGUAUAAUUGAUCACUUUACCCAGUGGCAAGCCUCCAUUCCGGCUGCUGGCUACAUGAGGUACUCCAUACUGUCAAUACCAAAUAUGACGAAUCGUCAUUUUAUAUAAACAUAAUUGUCAAGUAAAUGAAUAAAAGUAAGGAUUUUGA